CCAAAUGUCUCCUGACGCCGACGCCGACGCGGCGGCGGCGGCGGCCGGCGGCGAGGGCGCGGCUUCUGCUGCGGGGGCGGGGGUGGGGCUGUCGCCCUCUGCGGCGGCGGAGGCGCGGGGGGCGAUCCGGUGGGACCAGAUCCUGCCGCGGCGGUCCCUCCGCGUGCUGCUCGUCGAGCACGACGACUCCACCCGCCAGGUCGUCACCGCGCUCCUCCGCAAGUGCGGCUACCGCGUGGCGGCGGUGGCGGACGGGAUGAAGGCGUGGGAGGUCAUGCGGGGGCGGGCGUACGCCUUCGACCUCGUGCUCACGGAGGUCACCAUGCCAACGCUCUCCGGCAUCGAGCUGCUCUCCAGGAUCGUCGCCGCCGACGAGUGCAAGAACAUCCCCGUCAUAAUGAUGUCGUCCCAAGAUUCUAUUGGCACAGUGCUCAGGUGCAUGCAGAAGGGUGCAGUGGACUUCCUUGUGAAGCCAGUGCGAAAGAAUGAGCUGCGGAACUUAUGGCAACAUGUAUGGAGGCGACACGCAAUGAAUAGCCAAACAAAUGCAUCGGAAAACAAUGCGGCUAGCAAUCAUUUAAGUGCCAAUGCUGAUAAUGGGUCAAAGACAGGAGAAAACAGCGACGAGGAAAGUGAUGCUCAGAGUUCUGGUAGCAAAAGGGAGGUUGAAAUUCAGAGUGUUGAAAAGUUGCCAGAGGUUGUUGCAGAUAGUGGGGUAGGCUCAUCCAGAGGACUUAAAUUGCAGAAUGGUUCUAUCAAUGGACUAAACACAAAAUCGCAUGCAUUGAAGGGUAAUGAUGAUGCUCCAAGUGGAAAUCUCUGUGGUGAUAGCGAACCACAAAUGCUUUCAACUGAGAAGAAUGUGUGUUCCAAAUUCCUUAAUGGUAUUACUUCUGCAAAGGUUGCUGGACAGAUAAUGGAUAAUGCCUUGAGGUUUGCUGAUGCAAGUUUACUUCGUUCAAGUGAUCCUGGAAAAGACCUUUUGGCUGUUGCUAAGACCACAGCUGACAGAAAAUGCAAAUCUUCAGCGAUGGGAAACAAUGCUGUCAUGGAAAAUAACCUUAGUGAAAAUUCAAAGGGGGCUGCAACAGACCAUGCUGAAUCCUGUCCAUCUCACUUUGUGGAGAUUAAUUUAGAAAAUCAGCAUCAUCCCAAUGGUCAUGCAAACCACAAGUUGAAGGAUAAGGAUAUCUUUAAUCACUCAAACUCCUCUGCCUUUUCAAGGUAUGGCAAUAAGAGGAUAGAAUCAUCAGCUCAUCGGCCGUUUUCCCCCUCCUUCCACAUGGCUUACCAACAAACUGUUUAUGACAAGAAUCCGCAAUCCAGCCACGUCUUGCUUUCCCAUGAACAUAAUACACACGAGAGGACAGUGCAAGCUCAUCUUCCUUUGGACAAUAGCACUGAGGGUGCUGCCAUCCUGUGUUCUAGUAGUGUAAGAGAAGAUGCUGGUACAAGCAGUUCUUCUCCUAGAAAGGAUUGUUUAACUCAUCCUUCAUAUGGGUUUAUUCCUGUUCCAAUUCCUGUUGGUGCUGCUAUACCCUAUCACUACGGUGCAAUAAUGCAGCCAAUGUACUAUCCACAGGCUGCUUUUAUGCAAAGUGAUUCAGCUGCCAUCAACAAGACAGCAGUUCAGCAUGCCUCUUGUCAAUCUAACUACCAUGAAAAUCUUGGUGAACAGUCACAGAUUGAUGAGCACAAACAGCCAGAAGAAAACCAUCAGUUGCAUCAUUCAAGACAAAUUCUCCGAGAAUCAGGAGAACCAACUGACUUUGCGAGGGCUCAUAUGGAGCGUAUCAACCAGAGUGCCAGCUGUAGCCAGGAUAUCCGCAAAGGAAGUGGGUGCACUGGGAGUGGUGAAACUGAUGCAAAUACAAAUACGGUCAUUGCACUAGAGAGCGGAAAUGAGAGUGGUGUACAGAACUGUAGCAACAAUGUAUUGGAUGGUGACCGGUCUCGUCGUGAAGCUGCCUUGUUGAAAUUCCGCAUGAAAAGAAAAGAUCGAUGUUUCGAGAAAAAGGUCAGGUACCAUAGCAGGAAGAAGCUUGCAGAACAAAGACCCAGAGUUAAGGGGCAGUUUGUGAGCCAAAAACUUAAGUCAGCUAUAACAACAGAGGCAGAAACUGACUAGUAACACUGUUAACUCAUACUGUACUUUUGAUACUUACCUUCUCAGCGAAGGGCAUUGGUAGUAACCCGUAAGAGUUAAGGCUGGCAAGUUUUCCUUUCAUAGUUAGCCUUUUGUACAAGUGUUUUCUUCUUUUGCUGGUUGUUUAUUGGCAUCCAUGCCAUGCCUUGUAAAGACAUCAAAUUGAUAAAAGUGUUCAGGGGUAAAGAAAUUUUCAAUGCAGGUAUCCA